AAAAAGUGAAGCAGACAACAAAUAGGGCAGAUACUCUAGCGAGCAUGCCACGCGAAUUUGCCAGAAAGUGUAGAGGAAGAAAAAGAAGUAGGCGGACAUAUCGCGUGCAGCCUAUCGCAAUGGAAUUCUGCUUUGUUCCACCAUGGAGGUAAUUAAAUCAACGUCCUCUCUGCACUGCCACAAAUCUCUGCAGAGUCCCAGCGCUGACGUCGAUGUGAGCGCUCGGCGCAGACUCAUCUGCGCCAGCAUUUUAUGCUUCAUCUUUAUGGUGCUGCAGUUCGUGGGUGGCAUACUGGCCAACAGCUUGGCGAUCGCCACGGACGCAGCCCACCUCCUUGCCGACUUCGCCAGCUUCCUCAUCAGCCUGCUUUCGCUGUGGUGGGGCGCGAAGCCAGCGACAAAGCGCAAGAGUUUUGGCUGGUACCGCGCUGAGGUACUUGGAGCGCUCACAUCCAUCGUCAUGAUCUGGGCUGUCACGGGUAUUCUCGUCUACAUGGCCAUCCAGAAGAUAAUUAAACAGGAGUAUCAUAUCCAAGCAACCAUUAUGCUUGUGUCGGCAUCGCUAGGUGUCGCCGUCAACAUCGUUAUGGGACUCGCUCUUCAAGUACAUCCGGGCUUUGGGUUCGACCACCAUACUCACGGUUCUGAAGACUCACGCAGGAGAGCUGAUCUCCCUAGUCACUUCACAGAACCUUUCAUUGUCAAAGAAGAAACCAUAGAAUCCGUACACGGAAGAGGUUCACUCGGGGUUGUUACUGGGGCUCCUGCCGUGAAGGAGGAUAAUGCUGCUGAACCACAACGUGCAGAUCACAUUUCCCUUUCGCAAACUAGUGCUCCUCUGCCUGUGGUAGCAAGCCACGUCGACACCGCUUCUGUAGCCGGUUCCGCCGAUGCCGUGCCAGGAAAAAAUGCAGAACUACAGCCUGACAAACCGACGUCAGCAGCACUGGACAAAGCGAGAGUGGAGACCAGAACUACAAGGCUUCCAUCUGCACCUGCCGACACAAUCUCCAGCUUCCCAUCCCGCAAGCGCUCUCGGGGCAUCCGCAAUUUCAACGUCCGAGCAGCCUUUGUGCACGUUGUGGGAGACCUGCUGCAGAGCAUAGGGGUGCUGAUAGCGGCGAUUGUAGUGUAUUUCUGUCCAAGCUGUGGCAUAGCAGAUCCCAUAUGCACGCUCGUCUUCUCGGUAAUCGUCCUAGUGACCACAAUCGCCAUACUUGGAGAGGCACUCAAUGCGCUCAUGGAAGGAAUUCCACACGGCAUCGAUUACGAACAGGUACAAAGUCUGCUGUUGUCGGUGCCUGGCGUGGCACGUGUACACGACCUGCACAUCUGGUCGCUGAGCCUGGACAGAGUCGCCCUCUCCGCUCACGUAGUGCUCAGCCCUACAGCCACCGACUCUAUGGCAGUGCGACGGGACGCUGCCCGGACGAUUCGCCGAGUCGUGGACGUCCACAAGCUUACACUACAGAUGGAAGAGUACGAAGAGGGUAUCCGCCACGACUGUCGCCAUUGCGUGGAGCCGCAAGAUUAACUAUACAGCCGGGCGCUUGGAAUUUACAUAAUCUACACGGUGACGCUCGAAUAGCUUUUACUUUGUCUCGAUAAAUAAUUUACACAGUAGUUACUAACAA